CGCGCGCUUCAUUCGCACUCUGCGCUGGCUCGAGCUCAGGUUGGACACACCGGUAAUGGGAUCUCUGGCGAGGAAAAUCUUCCAAUAUUUCCGCGUUUAUGCCCUCCAGAGGCUUCUUUUUAUUUUGCGGGAAUAAUUCCGGAUAGGACAUUCAAUUACUCGGAUGCACAGUGAGGGAUAGGAGAUGUGCUGAAAUGUAAAAAAAAAAAAAAAAAAAAUUGCUGUAGAAAAGAAAACGAAUGGGAUAAAAACUUCAAUCAGGACUAUGUAAAAUUUAUUUAUCUGGAAAAAUUCCCCUAAGGUCAAAUUAUUAAGAUAUUUCCUUAAAAACCGCAAUUAUAAUUAAAGAAUUUAAGCAAUUUCAAGAACACAUAGUGUUAGAAAGAAACAAGCAGGUUGAAAGGAAAGAUUCCUGAAAGUUGCUGUGCGUCUUUGUGUAUGGAGAGAGGCAUUGUGUAUGAAGCUUUUUAUCAUGGCUAAGUGGUUUAAAGAUUUCCCAACUCUGAAAACGGGCUCGGACCGACUUCGGUCGGCGUCUGAAUCCGGAGCGCAGACUCGCCCCAGAGGCGCGCUGAGCGGAGGAACCGGAGCCAAAGCGAGUCCGCGGAAGAACUCGGAGAGCGCAGGCGGCGUGGGGUCACUGCUUUCCGGGAGGAACCGCAAAAACUCGGCCGUCGAGCUGGGCCGAAACCACGCGAGUCCGGGCUCGGGCAAGGACGCCAAGAUAUGGGAGAUCCUCAUACCUGGCAAAAACAAGAAGAACGUCAAGAUGGAGGGCUUCGAGGACCACCGGACACUGAGGACGAGCGCCAUCGCGGACGCGUACAUGAGCCGCAUGAUCAAAGUGGAGAAACAGGACAAGUGGCAGGAGAAGAAAUACAGCAGCAGCAACAGCAGCAGCACUGCGGCUGAAGUCACCGGGAGCGAGUCGGACCGCGGGAAAACACCUGUUAAAACCGAAACGCUGAUUAUCUUGGAAGACUAUGCUGACCCUUUUGAUGCUGAGAAAACAAAAGAGCAGAGGGAUGCCGAAAGAGAAGGAGAGAAUGAUGGAUAUAUGGAACCCUAUGAUGCCCAACUUAUAAUCACAGAGAUUCGUCAUCGUGGGUCCAAGGACCUUCUGAAGGUAUGUGUGGUGUUGAAUGGAGGAGAAGGAGAAGGGUCUGGAUCCACACAGAUCUACGAUGUGCCAUAUGAGGAGGUUCUGGAGGGCAUCCCCCUGACCCGGCCCGAGUCUGACCCCCGACCACCUGCAGAGUACGAACUCCCCUGGGAGUGGAAGAAGGAGGAGAUCGUUCGAGCACUGUCAGCUCAGUUUGACUGUGUGGAGAGGGUGUGUAAAGAGGAUGCUCCGCCCACCGGUUUUAAACAGCAGACUCUGCGCUCUGUGAAGAGCUGGACACCCAAAUCUCUGCGCCUAUCCCCUCCCUCUUCCCCGAAAGCCAGCCCGGAUUCGGAGGGCCCUAAAGUGGACCCAACUGUGCCCCUUGAGUUACAGAGCUGGUAUCAUGGCGGCGUAAGUCGUCAAGAGGCAGAGGCUCAGCUGCAGAACUGUAAAGAAGCCAGCUUUCUGGUGCGUGACAGUGAAUCAGCCAACAGCAAAUACUCCAUUGCCCUCAAAACCAGCCAGGGUUGUGUGCACAUUAUAGUAGCCCAGACCAAAGAGUGUGGUUACACACUGGACCAGAGCAGCUGUGUGUUUCCCAGCAUCCCAGAGGUGGUGCAUCACUACUGCACCCAGCGUCUGCCUUUCACUGGAGCUGAGCACAUGACGCUGCAGCACCCUGUUCCCCGUACACACUGAUCCUCUCUCAACACAAACACACAUCUCCGGACAGCCAAGCACAUCAUCCGUCUACAUCUUCCUGCAGACACACACUUCAAUUCUGGAGACAUAACUAAUAAUGACCUCAUAUAAAUAUGCCCCAGCAGCCCACUGCAUGGAAUCCACUAUCGACAUCCUUACCAAACACUCAUUCUUCCUCCCUGUAUACUGUUUUUUUUUUAAUGAGCGUGUUUUAGUAUAUGGUAGAGUUCCCUGAUUUUAUUUUCCCAAAUUAAGCCAAAGCCAUUAGUCAUGUACUAACCUUUAGCGACCCGAAGGGGAAAUAAUUCUUCACAAGUCUUAAAGUUUUGACACAGCAUGGUAGUUUAUUUAGUUUCUAAUUUGUUUGUAAGUAUGUUUCCUUCACACCUUGCUUGUCCCCUUUCUCUUGUCCCUUCUGGAGUCUUUAAUGUGCUGGGCUUCUAAUCAUCAUCAUCAUCAUCAUCAUCGCUCUAAUAAAUGUCCCUCUGUUCUAAUAAAACUCUGGAGGAUAAAAAGACACUAAUGACACGUCUGAGGUGCUCAUUAGCUCCCCCUAAUGACUGUAAUUACACAUUGCAACUGCUCUGUUCUAAUGACCUGCUCUUAAAGUAAGUCUUCAGAUCUGUUGGUACAUCAGUCAGUCAAUGAAUUCAUCAAUUGAUCUGUUUGCCCUUUGUCUGUUAUUUGCUUUUAUUUGAUUUCUGUGCAUAUAUCAGAGCCAAAUUUAAUUUGUGUUGCUUUUUUGUUAUAUUUUGUUGUUUUUUAUGACUCACGAUUAAAAAAUAUCUUUACGUGAUGACCGCUGCGAGACAAUCAAGUUGGCUGACGUAAGCUGUUUCAUUAGUGAAUCAUGUGUCUCCAGUGACUUGCCCACUUUUUGUAUGCCCUUGAAAAAGCUUUCUGUUGAUUGGGAUUAAUUCCAUUUUAUGAUGUAUGCACUCGAGGUUGAUAAGUGGUAAAGGAUCUGAGGCUGCUACUGGUGAGUGCACUGCUCUGAAUGAUUUCAUACAGUAUACAAUUGAUGUGCAGUUUUCUCUUGAUUUUUAAACAUUAUUUUGAAACUUGGAAAUAAAAAGUGCCCAUAUACAGUAAA